AAGCUAGUGUACUGCGGGUGCUGCUUCGUUUGGAAUAAAGGAGUUUGGUAGAAGAGCAGAUGGAAAGCAACCAACUAUGAAAAACCUUGUGUUGCCUUCAUAGCAGGAGCACGAUGGUGUAGCGUGGGAAUUUUGCAGGUCGGCAAUGGCAGGAAGAGGUAGAGGGCGUGCAGCUUUUACAUUUAAUAUCGAGGCCUUGGGACUUGCCAAAGGUGAAAGCUUGCCGGAAUCAGCAUUCCAACCAAAGCCUUUAUACCCUAUAGUUGACUCCAAACCUGUGCCGUUAAAAACUGGAGAAGGUGAGGAUUACAUGUUGGCAUUAAAGCAAGAGAUCCGAGGAAGUAUGAAAGCACUCCCUUACUAUAUAUUGUUACCUGACCAUAAAACAGAAUGGUGUUUGAAGGUAUAUCUGAAUUACGAUGUGGAGCGAUACAAGGAAAGGUAUACACAGGAAAUCCUGAAAAAAUUGGAUGAUAGCUGGAUACCAGACUGGAGACAACUUCCAAAAGAGCUAAGGCCAAUAAUGAAAAAGAAGAAGAAAAGUAAUAUACAGAAGGCAAAGCCCUCAGCAAGCCUAAACAAGGAGGAUGUUCUGAGUAAACUAGAGGCAUUGGAGAAGCAGGAUGGAGAUAAAUCGGAUGAAGAAGGAGAGAAGAAAAAGGAGAAGGAGAAGGAGGAAGAUGAAGAUGCAGAGCCAGAGGAAGAAGAAUAUGAUGAAGAAGCUGAAGAGGAAAAUGACUACAUUUCUUCAUACUUUGACAAUGGAGAAGAUUUUGAAGCAGGCAGUGAUGACAAUAUGGAUGAAGCCACAUACUGAAAUGCUGAUAAAAUUAUAUUUGCAUCUCUGAUCUAAAGCUGGCCAGUAACUGCAGUAAUGUUAAAUUCACAUAUUUACAUAUUUAUAAAUUGUGUGACUGCUUACCUUAUGUUUUGCUUGUUUCACUAUGCUGAUGACUAAUAUAAUAAUGCCUUAACAUAAUACAUUACAUGUAUUGUAUUACAUUAGUAUUAAGAGCUUAUAUAUUUAUUAGGCUGUAUUGAAUGCUGGAUAUGGAAUGAUAGACCUUUUGUAAUCAGAAUAGUUAGCUAAGAAGUUAGAUAUUUUGUUAGUUAAUUCAAAAGUUAUAAAUACAUUUUUUUUUCCUGAACAAAGGUACCAUGCAAUAGAAAACUAAUUAGUAACUUACAAAGUAAUAUUGUCUUAUUUUUGCAUUGAUUUCUCUCUUAACAGAUACAUUUUUUUUUUUUUUUUUUUAAGGAUUAAGAAUUACCUCAAGCCAUUUAAAUGAGCAGAAAGACUGCUUUGAUUAAAGGUGUAUUGUCUGCUGUGUAGGCUACCAUUUAUGAUUAUUUUUGAAGAGUGAAAUGUACACAAGUAACUGGAUGGUGAUGGAUUUGAGUUUGUGUUUUCCAGAGUUGUAACUGUUAUAAUUUAAUGGUUGUUGCAGGACCAUACUUUUCUUAAAUGAUCAAAUCCUAUAUCUCAAUUUCUGUUAUAUGAUUUUUAUUUGUAGAUACACUUAAUUGUAAGAUAGCAUUCCUUCUUGGUUUGUGUGGAUUUCAUUUUGCUUCCUUUCCUGACUCCAUUACUGCAAAAAGUUUACUUCAGUGACUUUGUUUACUUAGAACAUUAAAUAUACUAGAUGCUAAUUGCCUUAA